GUGUUUUGUUAUAUAGGAACAAAAACAUGCAUGUUACACAGCUUAAAUUUCAUUUAAAAAAGAUCCCACUUUACUUUAUUUUGACAAGAAGCAGCCAUGCAACAAUUUUUUUACAGCACUUAAGGACUCUACAAAUCCUUAAGUGCUGUAGUCUAAAGGAGAACCAUUGAACCCUUAUAUUUGACUCAUUUGUGAACACUGUAACAAUAUACCAUUACAUCUGACAAUGAGCUUGAGAUUUAACACAUUGUACUAUUAAGCAGGGUAUUUGAUCAGUGGGGAACUGCACAAAAUCCAUUAGGAUUGUCAGAAGAGAUAUGGAAGACAAAUCCAUCCAUAAAUAUAUUGCCUUUGGCAUUGACUUGUUAUUUGAAGCCAUGUCAAUACUAUAUACUAUUCUGAAUUUUAUACUAUAUACUAUACUGAAUAAUACCUGGGUGCUACAUUCAGGGUGAAGUAUUUUUGUUUAAUGGGUUAAAUGUUCCUCAUAGUCUUAGCAUAGCCAGCCAAAUGGAGAGUUAUAAAGCGAAGACUUACUUUAGAGAGUUAUGAUUUUGGAGAUUUAAAUUUUGGCCUGGUCCAAACCACACCUCUUUUCCCAAUGACCAUGCCUAAUUUCAACUCUGCUGAUGAUUCCUAUCUCUAACAUAAGUAACUCUCUUUUUAACAGUAUAAAAAUUUCAGAGAGUCACAGAAAAUUUCUAAAAUGUUCUAGCAUGCAUUCACAAUUGUGACUAUAAAGAGAGUGAUGAUGUCAGUUUUGGAAAGUCUGUAACGUUUUUGCAAUAAAAUUGUAGUGUCAAAGUUGACAGGAAUAAAAUGUAUCUAUAAUUUAUCUGCCCCUGAAGGCUGAAGUUACAAAAGUUGGAGGUUUUUGGAAACAACUCUCUUCAUAAACAUAUUUGUGAACACAAAGUUAUUGCAAAUGGUACUGAACCCUCUCUAUGACCUUCAUACGGAGUAAUUCUCAUUGGGAAAAAUGGGCGCGCCGUUGUGAACAGAGGACGAUGUUUAGGCGUGGUCUAAACUACUUUUCGGUUAUAACUCUCCUGUUAGUAACUUCCUCUUUUGCCAUACUAGAGUAUGUAAAGCAGAGUAAUGCCUAAUGUGAAUUAAGUCCCACACACACGUGUGUAUUACUUCAAGUUAUCGCAUUAUGAACACGCGGUUGAGUAAAGAUCAAAACUUUGGAUAACAUCCCACGCAAACACGAAUGUGUUAAUUUGUUAAAACUUAAAUAACACGUGUGUGACUGAGGUGUAAAAUUAUAGAAUUGAGUACUUUAUUUAGCCUUGAAAUUGCUUAUCUAUGUAUACAAACAUAAUUUAUCAUUCUUAACCAAAAAUUUUUUUAGCUAUAAGUUUUUCAGUUUGAAAGAGAACUUUCCAGUAGUAUUUCGUGUUUAGGACAUAUUUCAGUAUGCCCCAAAGCUAAUUAGGAUUUAAAAUUUGACCGUACUGUUUUAUAUUCCGUAAUAAUCUGGGAUUAUAGACUUAAGCCAAGGCUUUAUAAGAGCCGGAUUUGCCUGAGAUAAAAACUAAUUCGUCAAAUAUAACGUAUGAGUUCACGAUCAGUCUUGGUGAAUAGGUCGUCCUAACGCUGGCUUUGUGCAGGUAUCAACUUUAUGUUGGCUUUCUGCAAUAAAAAAUCAUUAAUUGCCUGCAUCCCAAUGUAUAGCACUGAUGCACGCUACAUGCUAUGUCUACAUAAUUUCAUCUUUAUUUUUACGCGUUAGCAGUUCACUGAGUAAUAAACGGAAAUUCCAGUCGAAGAAUUGAUUAAAUGCGACUUCCUAAGAAAACACAGCGUUUUGUUCUAGCACGGAUUCUCAUUUAGAGCGUUCAAUCAUAAUCCAACAGAUGGUAGCUUCGCACCAUUGUCUUUUCAGGCAAGUGCAUGAGCCAAUUGUCUGAAUCUGCUGUUCCUUUCGUACUGAGCAGGAAUUACUAUCACAACAACCAUUCAUUUAGACUGUCUCACGAAGGUCUAAACCAAGCUCACGUUCCUUAUUGGCGGGUGAACAAUCCGACGCUUGGCAAAAUCUGCUUCGCAAUGAUAGGAAAAGCCGACAUCGAAGAAUCAAAAAGCAAACUAUGAAUUUGCGGCAAUGAAACAGCGCGGUAUAUUAUCUUAAAGUCACAUCUAUAGUAUUUAUCAGAGGUAGUUAUUGAUCAUUUUGGUUUUCUUUGUAGAGUUUUCUAAAUGAUGGUACAAGACUCAUUCGAGAGUGGUGUCCUGACGAAGAGAAAAUGUCCCUCGCCGUCGUCAGGAACAUCGACACCACUCUCUCUCAUCGAGAAAAUCAAACAAAGUAUGGGAUUAGAGAAGAAAUUCUUCUCGCUGGAAUUUUUCCCGCCAAGAACGCCAGCCGGGGCGGCAAACUUGAUUGGAAAACUAGAAAAGUUUUCGGCAAGCUCUCCAUUAUUUUGUGACAUUACGUGGCAUGCCGCUGGUGACCCAGGCGGUGAUAAGGAGACAAGCUCAAUGCAAAUUGCUGGUGCUGCAUUGAACUACUGUGGUGUGGAGAUUAUGUUGCAUAUUACCUGUGCGAAUGAAACGAGGGAAACUAUUACGAAGCAUUUAUACAAAGCGAAAUCAAUGGGCAUAAGAAAUAUUCUUGCUUUGAGAGGAGAUCCCCCUCAUGGUGAAGAUUUUGAAGUGGUGGAUGAGAAUUUGGUAUACGCUGCUGACCUGGUGAAACACAUCAGACAAGAGUUCGGUGAUUCAUUUACGAUUUGUGUCGCAGGUUACCCGACAGGCCAUCCUGACUGUAAUAGUUACGAGGAAGAUUUGACACAUUUAAAGGAAAAAGUUGACGCCGGUGCGGACUUUAUCAUUACCCAGCUUUUCUUUGAAGCCAAAACAUUUCUUAAGUUUGUUGAAGAUUGUCGUGAGAUUGGUAUUGAUGUACCUAUCAUACCUGGAGUCAUGCCUAUUCAGAGUUACGAUUCUCUGCGACAUCUAGUUAAACUAUCGAAACUCGAUAUACCAAAGGAAAUUCUUGAAGCAAUCCAACCAAUCAAAGACGAUGAUUUGGCUAUCCGUACAUAUGGUGUAGACUAUACCAUUAAAAUGGUCAACGAACUUUUCUCUAGUGGGCUUGUACCUGGGAUCCACUUCUAUACUUUGAACCGCGAGGUUGCAACGACUGAAAUUUUGAAGCAGACCAAAUUGUGGUCACUUGAGCCACUGUACGCACGUUCGUUACCUUGGAAACCUUCAGCGAACGUGAAGCGAAUCAAGGAAGAAGUUCGUCCAAUAUUUUGGGCAUCGCGAACAAAGAGUUAUGUACAUCGCACGUCCGAAUGGGACGAGUUUCCGAACAGUCGAUGGGGAGACUCGGCUGCGGCAUCGUUUGGUGAUCUCAGUGAUUACCAUUUGUUUUAUUUGCGAAACAGAACGAAGAAGGAGACCUUGUUAAAAAUGUGGGGUGAAGAGUUGAGUUCUGUUCAAGAUGUUUAUGAUGUCUUUGUCUGUUAUAUCAGUGGAGAGAAGAAUGUCAACGGAUCAAAGGUAACCAUGCUUCCCUGGAAUGAAGAUGAUUUGGCACCUGAGACGUCAGAGGUUUCAGAUGAUCUUGUGGAGGUGAAUCGUAGUGGAGUGUUGACUAUUAACAGUCAACCACAUGCUAAUGCUGCCAAGUCAACUGAUCCAGUUUUCGGUUGGGGAGGAGCUGGUGGAUACGUUUAUCAAAAGGCGUAUUUGGAGUUCUUCACGAGAAAGGAAGUUGUUGACAAGUUAUUGGAAGUUUUAGAAAUGGACUAUCCUGGUGUCAGUUAUCAUGUUGUUGAUCAUAAAGGGGAGAUUGACAUAAUCAGUGAAGAGUUGGCUUCCCCUGUUGCUGUCACUUGGGGAGUAUUUCCUGGCAAAGAGAUUAUUCAACCCACUGUUGUUGAUCCUGUUAGUUUCCAGAUCUGGAAGGAUGAAGCAUUUGCUCUGUGGAAACACCAAUGGGCAAGGUUAUAUCCCGAGGAAUCAAAAUCACGUGAGAUUAUCGACACUAUUCACGAUAGCUACAUGUUGGUCAAUUUGGUUGAUAAUGAUUAUGUCGCUGGGAAUUGUUUGUUUGAAGCAAUAAAGAAAGCACUCAAGCUGGCAGAAAUGAAAAAAGAAACAAAUCUUUCCGUCGAAUCUCAUUUAAAGACAGUUACGUCGGGGCAUAGUAGAGUAUAACUUGUUAUAAUUGCCUAUAGAUAUAUAUAUUCAGGGGCGUAGGAACCAUGGGGUACGUGCCCCCCCCCCCUCAAAUUUUUCAGGGGACGAAAAGUGCCCUUUUCGUGAUGAAAAAUGUCUUUUUGGAGAUGUUGAUGUAGCUUUAAAUGCUAUUUUAAAAUCUAAAGUACCCUCUUUGUUCCCUACGUAUGCCCGCCCACUUACAGGUGCCCAAAUCUUUCUGUAGAGCAUAAAUAUACACUAGUCGUGUACUUGCUGUUUUGGUAAUCAAACCGUCCUAAUACAUAUUUUUAGCUACCCUUUUUAUUAACAAAAAGUGCCCCUGGAAGCUAGAGCCCCCCCCCCCAAUCUCUGGAUGCUUCCUACGUCCAUGUAUAUAUCACGCUAAAGCCUGGCGCACACUGAUGAACUUGGCACGCACACGUGUCACUGUCACCUUCACAAAUUCCUAAACUUUGAGAUAUCCUCGCAGAUUAAGGAACAUGCAUGUAUCAGUGACAAUUGUCACGAAUGACAUCUGCUCGUGCUAAGUUCACCAGUGUGCGCCAGGCACAUUGAAGUGGAAGUCUAGUCCAAACAAACGGCUCGUUUACAUUUUGAACUUCAUAUUGUCUUUAAAAUACGACGUGCUGCAGUUUGAAUAUCUAACACAAUUUAGGUUCGAUACGCUUCUAUGGCCCGGGUUAAACAUCGCAGUUAAGUCGCGUCCAAUGCAAUUCGAACAGUGGAGCUGAAUGAGGUUUAUCAUCUCAUUAUCAUCUCAUCUCAUUAUCUAUAUUUUUUGAAUCGACGCGUCCAAAAUGCAUAUAUACAUAUUAAGUGUAGAAUUUAUGUUCAGAAAAAUUCAAAACAUGUCGUCACAUUGUUAUAAGUAGAACGAACUUGACUCCCACUUUAAUCAAACCAAAACCGUUGUUGAUAAAAUUAAUACGCAUAACGUUCGCGUUUCUGUACCGACGGAUGCGUUUCUGUACCAUUUGUUUGCAAAAAUUUGCUUGUAGCUUUUUAUUUGAACCGUUGUGGAAGGGUAGUGAACUGCACUAUAUUCAUUGAAACCCACUAUGCAUGCAAAGUUUGAUUGUAUGCAUGCAUGGUAACCAUGCAAACUGCAUGAUCAUGUUUUUAGCCAUAUUAUGUAAAACGGCUCAUGCAUAAGUUAUAUCAUUGUACGUAUUCACAAAUGUUGGCAUUUAUUUUAUACCUAGUGCCCAAAAUAUGGUUUGGUACAAUUAUUGAAAACAUUGUUUUAAGUUGUA